AUGAAUAAAGACCAAGAAUUAAAAGAAUUAGAGAGAGCCCUUAAUAACUUGAAGAUUACUGAUAGUGUUGAGGAAGCCGAAAAAAAACUAGCGAAACAUAUUGGAUUUGGCGAGGAAAAGGAAAUUUUUCUUAAUCAUAUUAAAGUAUACAAAAUGACUGUGAUUUGUUAUUAUAGUGCUCCGGGGAUGGGGAAAACGACUUUCGUAACCACUUUGGCUGAGGCUAUGGGUCGAAGUUAUGAAACAAUAUCGCUAGCUGGAUUUCAAGAAACUAGUGAAUACUCAAUUUUAGGCGACCAAAACAAACCCAACCAAAAAAUAAAAGAAGAAAUUGAAGUAAACGAAUUAACAGAUUUUACCCGCGACGAAAAAAAACGGAUCUUGCGGAUGAAAGCCAAUGAUAUACAAGAAAAAUGUCAAGGAUUAACUAUUUCGGACCAAACUAUCGAGAAAAUCCUAGACCAGCUUCAAGAGGUGGGAGUUAGACAGGCCGAAAGAGUUUUGUAUAAAAUUGAAAAGGGAUAUAUUUAUUCCAAAAAUAAGGGCGAAAAGUUUGAUUUUACGGAAAAUCCCUCAGCCUGA